GGCCCUGGAUGGUCAGCCAGGUGCUUUCAAGCUAGGGGAUACUAGCCUAUUUGAUGGAGGAAGAGACCGAGGCUCAGGGAGAGGAAGCCCCCAGGCAACCGGUGGCGAAUUCCGACUCACACCCAGUGCAACCCACCUCCAACGCCCCUCUCUUGCCAUUUCGUCAUAUGCCACGCGCUGCAGGCUGAGCGGGGCGUGCAAGGGAGAUGGGAACAUGGGACACAGGCUGGCCCAGCUAGUCUGGAUCCAAAUGCUCUCAGUCUACUUUUGUCACUGCUGAGUCCCCAGAGCCUAGCAUGGUGCCUGAGUCUGGUGAGGCAGCGUUCGAGGUACACAUAUGGCCAGAGAGGCUGGUGGUAGAAAAUGGAGGGUCCAGGACAGUCAACUGCAGCACCAGCUGUGCCAACCCUGAUACGGGAGGCCUGGAGACCACCCUGGAAAAGACUCUGCUGGAGGAUCAGCCUCGGUGGAAGUCCUUUUGGAUCUCAAACGUCUCCUGGGACGCGGUCCUCUUUUGCUACUUCACCUGUGCUGGGGAGCAGCAGUCAAAGAGUCUCAACGUCAGCAUGUACCAAUUUCCAAAGCAGAUCAUACUGCAGCUGCAGCCCGUCUGGGUGACCCUGGGCAAACCUUUCACUAUUGAGUGUAGGGUGUCCGCUGUGAAGCCCCUCGAGAGCCUCACCCUCACCCUGCUCCGUGGCAAGGAGACCCUGCACAGCCAGACCUUCAGUGGGGGAGCAACUGACCCUCAAGAGGCCAGAGUCACAUUCAACAGCACAGCAAGCAAAGAGGAUGGCCUCCUGAACUUCUCCUGCCAGGCCGAGCUGGACCUGCGGUCUCGUGGGGGCGACAUCUUGCGCUACAUCUCAGAAAACAAGGUCCUUCAAGUCUAUGAGCCCCCGCCGGAAAACCAGAUGGUCAUCAUUGUCACAGUCGUGUCGGUACUGCUGUUCUUGUUUGUGAUGUCCGUCCUGCUCUGCUUUGUCUUCGGCCAGCACUGGCGCCAGAGGCGGAUGGGCACCUAUGGGGUGCGAGCUGCCUGGCGGAGGCUGCCCCAGGUCUUCCGGGUGCAGCACAUGUGAGCUGCGAAGCCACUGCCAUGGUGGCUGCUGGAACUCAGCAUGGCUCCUCAGGGUCGUGGUCCAGCCCUGGCUGAAGGACUAUGACAGCAGCAUAGGACUCUGGCGACAUUUCCUUUUUGAGCCUGAAUACAAACGCCCGGCCCUAA